AUGAGAGAUCCAGAACCCUGCAGAAUGAAACGCACUGAAGAACAAACAGAGUUGAUUGAAGAAAACGAGGAGAAAGAAGAAUUGAGUGAAUUUGAGGAGGAACGUCAUGUUAAAACUAGUGGCUUUCAAACCAAACAGAAAGAUUUAAAGAAAAGAAGAGCCAAGAAAUCUUUCACCUGCACUCAGUGUGGGAAGACUUUGACUAACAAACGUCAUCUUGAGCUUCAUAUGAGAGUUCAUACUGGAGGGAAGCUGUAUGCAUGUGAUCAAUGCGGCAACACAUUUUUGAGGGCUUCAGUCCUGAAGAAACACCUGAACGUUCAUACAAAGGAGAAGCCACAUUCAUGUCAUUUGUGUGGGAAGAGUUUUUCAUGUCUACAACAUUUAAAAGAACAUCAGAAAAUACAUACUGGUCUGAGAGAGUACAUGUGCUUUGAGUGUGAAAAGACUUUUACGUCAGCAAAGUGUUUAAAACAGCACCAGAAGAUCCACACUGGAGAGAAACCAUACAAGUGUUCACACUGUGACAAGAGAUUCAAUCGGUCAGGACAUGUGAAAAUACACGAGAUGAUUCACACUGGAGAGAAACCGUACACAUGUGAUCGGUGCGGGAAGAGUUUCACACUAAAAGCACACCUCACUGCACAUACGAGAGUUCACACUGGAGAGAAACCAUUCACUUGUGAUCAAUGUGGAAAGUGUUUCGCGCAAUCAGCAAAACUUAGGGAGCACGUGAAUAUCCACACUGGAGAGAAACCAUUCACUUGUGAUCAAUGUGGAAAGUGUUUCGCGCAAUCAGCAAAACUUAGGGAGCACGUGAAUAUCCACACUGGAGAGAAACCAUUCACUUGUGAUCAAUGUGGAAAGUGUUUCGCGCAAUCAGCAAAACUUAGGGAGCACGUGAAUAUCCACACUGGAGAGAAACUGUACCCAUGUGAUCAAUGCGGCAAAACAUUUUUGUGGGCGUCAGUCCUGAAGAAACACCUGAACGUUCAUACAAAGGAGAAGCCACAUACAUGUACUUUGUGUGGAAGGAGUUUUUCACUUCUACAUCAUUUAAAAGAACAUCAGAAAAUACAUACUGGUGUGAGAGAGUACAUGUGCUUUGAGUGUGAAAAAACAUUUACUUCGGCAUACUGUUUAAAACUGCACGAGAGGAUCCACACUGGAGAGAAACCAUACAAGUGUUCACACUGUGACAAGAGAUUCAAUCAGUCAGGAAUCCUGAAAGCACACGAGAGGAUCCACACCGGAGAGAAACCUUACAAGUGUUCACACUGUGACAAGAGAUUCAAUCAGUCAGGAAUCCUGAAAGCACAUGAGAGGAUCCACAUUGGAGAGAAACCUUAUCACUGCACUGCAUGUGGGAAGAGUUUUAGUCAAUCAUCUUCUCUACACAAUCAUACAAAAAGCAUUCACAGUAAGUAGAUCCAGGACUUUCAGGUCUGUUGCUGUGUCCUCACCAAAUAUGACACACUAAUGCAUCAACCCAUAAAAACAUCAUCUGGAUAAAUCACAGAAACAUUAUCUAAAGUUUUCAUAGUGAAUAUAGCUCAUCUUCAAAACCAGCAGAUUCAACUGUGAGAUUCAGAUCAACUCAAAGAUGAGUUCCUCCCCAAAGAACUAUACUAAAUAAUAUCAUUGUGCUUUCUUUUAAGUUUCAUAUUGUUUUCAAUUGUCUUAAAAUGCAUAUGUGUCACUAGUAGUUUGCUUACUCUUUAACGUAGAAGAAAUGUAGAAGUUGACAAACUGUUCUCGUUCAGGAAGCUGAAGAAGAGGCUGUAACACUUUUAAGAGAGACUGAGAUUUAGUUUUAUUUGUUCUUUGUUUCUUAAACCACUAGUUAUUCUCCUUCAAUGACAUAUUUAGAAACUUUUAGCACAGAUGCAAGAUAUACUGUCAUGUAGCUUUGUACCUGAUCCUUCUGUGCUUCUCUUGUAAGUAAGGAUGGUACCUGAACCCGAUAUUAAACGGGCUCUGGGGCUAAAUUAUGAAAGACCGUAGUCAUGAUAAGCUCUGAUGCUAUCGGUUCUGCUUCCAGUACUGGAGAAAUUAAGUAAAUUAA